AUGUCCGGAGUCGAUAACCAAAAUAGCGAAUGGACUUUUGGUCAGGUCUUCUCCGCGAUUGCCUGGGUUCCGAUUCUGGUAGAGAUAUUUGUUAUCGUCAGAAAGGGCCCUAUAAUAGGUCUGAACAGGAGGCUGUCGAAGGGAUACACUGUCGUUUCAACCUCGGCAUCCGGCAGCCCUCCCGAGGAAGACAGACAAUACUUGAAACUAUAG